AUGUAUCUCUUCGCAUGGAUGAUCCUCACGUUCAUUUAUACUGUCGCCGCAGUCAGUUCGAUCUGGGUCCGUGUGAUAAAUCUUGUCGUUCUAGAUAUCGAAUUUCUCCUCCUGGCUUGCGUUAAUAUGGUAAAUAACUCGAGCAUACUUAUUGGAGGGAAUUGCUGGGCUUUAUUGUCGCCUUUCUUUCGACCUGGGCUGCCACCGCUGAGCUGUGGGAUAGCGAGCUAA